AGUGGACGGGAGGGCGGAGCAGGACUACAAGUCCCAGGGGGACGCAGGAGGGAGCGGGCUGGACGCCGCUUGAGGGCGGGGGGUACGAAAGGGAACCUGCUGGCGGAGGCUCUGGAGGUUCCUCACUCAGGUGUCUUGCUACAUGUAUUUGAGGUAUGAAUGAGAACCUAGCAGUACACCAUGUUAAAUUCCUCCUUCCUGAAUAAAAAGUGUUUGUGGAAGAUCCAGUACUUCAGUAUGAAACUCUGAAAAAUUUGACAUUUCUCAUUCCUGGGCAUGGCAAUGUCAUAUGUCCUUCUCCUAACUAGACUCAUAGCUGAAGUUACAAGCAAAUCCACUGAAAGUUUGGUUUCACAACCAGAAUGCUGUAUGGAUGUAUUGGAUGCUAACAGCACCUGUCCAGUCACUAACCAGUGCAGUCCAGGUUGUUACAGAGAGUGGAAUGAGGAUGGGAGUAGCAGUUGCAUUAAAUGCAAGAAUGAAACCACUCCUGUUGUGUCAACUUACAAUCUGACCGAUUGUAGAAAUACUGGUACCAGAGGAAUGAAUUUUCAAACGAAUAUAAGUACCGUAACCCCCUUUCUACAGAAUAUAGGGGGCCCAGAAGUGGCCGCCUCUCUCAUUUUAGGGACAUUCUUCAUCAGUUUAUUCCUGAUACUGUCUGUGGCUUCAUUCUUCUACCUCAAACGUGCCAAUAAACUUCCAAAUAUGUUCUACAGAAGAAACAAAGCAUCAGUUCUGCAGCCCAGUGAAACAGCAUCAAUGAUACCUCCACCUACUUCUUCAGCUGUAGCUAUCUGUGAUGCUGAUGUGCAAACAAGAAAGCUUAAUGAAACAGAAACAGAACAGCCCUUGUCUGAAACAGAAUAUUGGCUACUUCUCCAUUCAAAACAUGGGAGAAGGUGAAAUCAAUCACUCUUUGUCAAAUAAAAAAUUCGAAAGCCACGCUACGUCAGACGAGAGCGGUCGUUAGUGAUGUCUGCAUCCACUGCUAUGAUCCCUUCUGCAGAAACCAGGGUCAGCAAUGUUUAGCCUUCAAAACUUUCCUGAGGACUUAAUAAAUAUGCACAGUGUUGGAGAAACUUUCCGUAGCCACUGGAAUGCCAGGAAAAUGUCAGAAGCAGCUGACCUAAAAGCAAACCGAGCCACUGUGUCAAAUGGGUUUGUGCCAAACGUGGACAGAGGAAUUGAACUAAUGCAAACGUGAUGACUAUAGGAUAUAUCCAGUUCUGUGAACUGCUUUGAUGGGCUUGAAAAGCACUUUUCUAGCUCUGUGGUUUCAUUUGUCUCCUAACAGAAGCUAUGUUAAAAUCUGCAAAGAGUCUGCCUUUUUUGGAACACUUUCAGCUUUGGCAAGAUCCAUUUUCCUGCAUUGUGAUCAGCUGUCUGGUUGUAGAGCAGAAGCCCUCAGUGCAGCAGGCCAACACAGAGUUUUGGAGGUGGGCUUGUUUAAAGGACACAUUUGUAAAUGUUAACUCUAAGUGCCAUGGCUUUAAUGCUGCAGGAAAAUACAAAUGUAUUUUACAUGAAGUAUCUCAAUGCAAAAAUUGAUGCCUUCAGAAGCAUCUUCUUCAGCUUCUCAGUCAUAGAGGACCAUGGUUUAUAACUGUAGGUUUAGACCCACCUGUAUCCAGAUAUUGUCAUCCUAAGUGCUGCUGAAGACUGUGGUCAGUAUGGGUCUGAACCAAAGCCCAUGAAGUUGAUGGGAGUUUCUCCAGUGAAUUUCAUGGGCUUUUAGAUCAGGCCCUACAUGAGGAUCCAUUUGCUGUGGCUUUGUAGUUGAUAAGCUGCUAUUUCUGCCCCACUGAGACACCCAGCCUUCCCUCAUUCCAGCAUUUCCUGAGGGUGGCUGUUGCAGUGUAAAGGAAGGCACACUCUGUAAGCUAGGUUGAGCCACCCUGAGCACUUACACACACUGAUUUCAACUGGAGUUGUCAUGGGAAUUCUCAAGUAAGGGUUUCCCUAACACAACACAAGUCAGGGUUUCCCCAAUCUAAUCCUCCAUUUGUGUGCAUGAGGCCUACAGAUCAGCACCUUAGCCUUUGACUUCCCCCACACAUCACCUGCCUUUGUUUAAACCUCACUACCACAAUGGGCUCUUUAGAGGAAAUGACUCAUGGUGGAUUUUUGUCACUAGCCAGUGGUAGCCAUCAUGAUUUCAAGAACACAACAAUUGAUCCUUAUCUCUAAAAAUGCUAAAGUAGCUGUCUCUGGCCAAUGUGACACCAAUGUGGAGAGUGUAAACCUCAUGAUUCAGAUACCCUCUCUGCCUAUGGCCAGAGGCUUGUUCAAAGCUUAUAGAGUUAAGGUUUGGGGUGGGGGCAGGGAGGAGCUACUCGUCUUUUUUUAUUGGAUAUCUAUUUUAUGCACAUUUUAAUGUAGUGUAAACUGUUUGAAUUUCUUUCCUGAGAAUGGAACCUCUCAUUUUGCAGCUUUCCUCUAGUGAGGUCAAAGACAGUGGGGCUAAAGAGGAAACUAUGAAGGAGCAGGGCCUGCUAACCGUACACAUUGGACCACUAUAUGUAAAACUUUGACUCUCCUGCUAUGGUUAAAUCCAACCUAGUUUUAAUUGCUAUUUUUUCUGUCUGCUAAAACUUAACAGCCACAGUCAGUCAGGCCGUUUGAGAGGGGAAGCUUCUGUAUGUAAGUUCUGUAUGUGUAUAGUUUGUUUGUCUGUCUGCAAACCAGGAGGUGGGUGUUUUGUCAGAGUUACUGUUUAUGUCUGUUCUCUACAUGUCAAUAGGAUUUACCUCUGAUACAAAUGACAUUUUGAGGUGGUAGGAAGGCAUAGGGGCUAUGAACUGAUGAAGUGUCAGAAACAACUUAACCUUAUAGGAAAAAGAAGUAACUAUGCAAUGAUACAAUGCAAAGAUAUUACAUCUUUAAUGGGAGGAAGUUUCUGCUUAUGAAUCUGUCGAUGAAACUGCAUCCUUGCAUGGCAUAGUUGCUCAUCAAUUCUUUCCAUACAUAAAUCAUUGAUGAGUCAUUCUCUCCAUUGCUGUGAGGGGACUGUCACUGGCCCAUGUCACUGCUACAUGUAUGUAUCUGUCUGAUGAACCCUGUCUGACCCUCAAGUGCAUCACUGUAACAGUUUAGUGCCAAGUAUCAGAUGCUUUGUCCUUCUCCCCUCACGCCCAAGACAGAGUUCAGGUUUCUCAGUGCUAACGUAACUUUGUCAAACUUUUCGAACACAGCAAAUGUUAUUCCCAUGGGCUUUGUAGUUUGCUCAGAUCACUUUAAUGUUGUCUGACCCAACUGGAUCCCUGGACAGAACCUCGUUAGUUUUUGUUGUUGUUGUUGUUUUGCACUGUCAUGUUAAAUGCAUAGUGUGGAGUUGUUGUUUUCUCCCCCAUACAGCUGGCUUUAUUGAACACUUGAUGACUGAGUCUUGAGCUGUAAAUGGUUAAUUCAAGGACAAAGGACUGAUAUUUAAUGUACUGGGGUAUUUUUAAAUUGUGCCAAAAUAAACACCUUUCAGCUUUUUUAACUAUUGUUGAGGUCAUGCAUGUAUUUGCUUUCUAAGCACAGGAAGAAAGGGGCAAACUUAGCACAAGAAGCAAAUCACUGACCCUUCUCACUUGGCGUGUUGCCUCUUCCAUAGCUCACGUUUCAGGAGAAAGUAAAAAUGUCCAUAAUUCUCCUGUCCAAUUAUGCAAUAUGAUAGCAGGGCAAUAAGAGGGGACUGGAGCAGAAUUCCUUGAGAAUCUGUUUGCCUCCAGAAGCACUGAAACUUGUCCCCUUUAACUUGUUUACCAUUAUAAAUGCUCAUUUACAAGGAUCUAAUGCAGGGGUAGGCAACCUAUGGCACGCGGGUCAAAGGCGGCACGCGAGCUGAUUUUCAGUGGCACUUACGCUGCUUCCUGGCCACCAGUCCGGGGGGCUCUUCAUUUUAAUUUAAUUUUAAAUGAAACUUCUUAAAACAUUUUAAAAACCUUAUUUACUUUACAUACAACAAUAGUUUAGUUAUAUAUUAUAGACUUAUAGAAAGAGACCUUCUAAAAACGUUAAAAUGUAUUACUGGCACGCGAAACCUUAAAUUAGAGUGAAUAAAUGAAGACUCGGCACACCACUUCUGAAAGGUUGCCGACCCCUGAUCUAAAGCAAGGAAUAAAUCACCCUUUAUGCCUGAAUUCAGAGGUGAUGGGCCAAAUUUUCUACUGGCAAUAACUCCACUGAAGUUAGUGUAGUUAUGAUAGCUGAGAAUUUGGUCUGAAGUAAAUGGUUGUUUAAAUUUCAUGUCACUGAGUUGACAUAAGGUUGUGUGGAUCUUGCACUAAAGAGACAGAUGAAGAUAGCAAGAAAAAAAUCUAACGCAAUGAGGCUGUAAGGUAAAGUAGACCCUUCCAUACAUGAAAGCGAUGUAGUGUAACACUUGUAAAUCUGAACAAUAAGUUCUCUUUAGCUACAGUCAAAUUCUUACAGACCUCUAAUCCCUUCAUAGUAAAGCGUUUCUUUCUGAAAGGAGUUUGAUGGGAUGUUCUUUACUGUAAACAGGAGGGUGUGUUUUGUUUUCCUCAAAUUUACUUUGCAAAUAUUCAGAGUAACAGUGAGAGAUGAGCCAAUGGAAAGUAUGGUGCACAGUCAGACAGCCGAACUACAGAUGGUUAAAUAAAUACAAAGGUAAGAGUUGAGCAGCGAUCCUAUACAUGGGAAACAUGCUAUUUUCAGCAAAGUAUGUGUAGGCGCAGGGACAAGCCAAAAGCUUUUGUACCUACUACGUAGGCACUGGGAAAAUUCCAAAAAAGUGUUGUCAAAGCAAGGAUGAGAAUGCAAUGUAUGAAAAGAUUCAGGCAAUGAAAAUGAUCCCCUGGGAGCGGAAACUCGAAAGGUGUUUUGUCAGUUAACUGGACUCUGAGCCAAAGCACAUGCCAAAACAGAACAACCUUCUUGAAGAUGAAGUGGUCAGUGCCCGAGCUGUUAGCCACUUGAUUGAAUUCAUUAGAUGGAACAGGAAGUGAACUGCGGAGAGUAGGCGCUGAGUAAGUGUACAACAGAGAACAGACUGAGGCAGCAUAUAGGGCAUACCUGAGAGGGGCUGUCUCUUUUCUAAGAUAUUCAUGCCACCAGCUGAAGGUGAGUGUGCACUGUAUUGAGGAGAGUAUGAUGGACAAUCACUUUUUGGACAAUAAGUGUAAAAUCUGAUACCCAAUUAUAUACUCUUUCCAAAAUGCUGGUGCUGGCAUCCUGCUGCUUUGGACUGAGUAACUGACGCAGAAAUGACAUUCCCCUCAGCUAGACAAGUAUAGCAGCAAUUCUUCGCUGUAUGGCUAGUGUCUGUAAAUUUGUAUGGGCAGCUAACUAUAUGGUUAGGACUCCUCCACUUCUUGGCCCUGCCAUAAAUGACUUGGAUUAGAGCCCAAAGUGAGCCUGGACCUAGAUUUCUGGAAUCUACCUGUCCUGAGAUUGCUUCUUGAGCCUUUCUUGCACUCAUUCCUCCCAGGGAAAGUUUCCCCAGGGAGUAUCUCUGGGAAAUGUAUACAGCGUCUUAAGGGAAUUCUACACCUUCCUUAUGAUAAACUCAGGGACAGGAGGAAGUCAUCCUGAAAAACAAAUCAAUAGUGUGAGAGAGGUGGUGUGGGUGUGUGGAGGGGAAAAAAAGACAGUGUUUCUUUGUAGGCAAAUGGCUUAGCUAAGGUUUAUCACUCGCACAUUCAUUCUUCUACGCAGCUAGAGGGAAUGGGAUGGGGAAGACACCAAGCCAAUGCAGAAUGGCCCAAACCCCUCCAUCCCAUUUAAGCCCCAUGUAAGGCUGUGUAGGGAGUUUUAAGCAGCUGAGUGACCAGGUGAGAGUGCCAUCUAAUGCAAACCCCCAGAUAGGUACACCAUUUGUGCUGCAACGAAACAGUCUCCACAAUGAUACAAUGUCCAUUGGCUUCAGUAGGAGUCGUACCUGCUCAGACCAGACGAUGAUUUCGUCCUGUGUUAGCACUGUCAUGGGUAGAAGUGUAUAUUAAGGAACAUGCCUAGAGGCUCCAUUUUGUGUUGAAUUUUGCUUGCAUUCCUCUUGCCACAGGACACUGUGAGGUCUAUUAGCAUGUAUAAAAGCUACUUUGCAUCUUUGUCAUUUAUUUUUAAUGCUCCCUGGGAAAGAAGAAAUGAAAUGGUGUAAACUUGAUCAUUUUACAAUCCGUGCCUUGCCAUAUUUUUUAUUGUUAACUGAUUGGAUGCAACAGCAUUCAGAUAAAUCCCAGUCUCUGAAAAAGCCUGAAUUACAGAAAUGCAAUUAUGUAUCUUUACCCAAAGCAUGUAGAGAAAACUGUUUUUAAACAAUAGUUUUCAAUAUGAUAUAAUGCAACUCUCUAAACUAUUUGCUACAAAGGAUUAGGAUUUCACCGUCAUCCUGGCUUUAUUUUUUGGUAAUAGAACUAAUGUAGGAGGGAUUAGGCUGUAGACCUGUCAGUUUCAUUGUAUAAUGAGCAAUGUUUAUAAAUAGAUCAUUGGCUUUGUUGCAACCUCUCUUCCCUAUACCAUCAUACUCAUCAAAUUAAAAUGUUCCCCUCUGUUUCACAACCUUAGUUCGUGUAAAACUGUAAUCCUUUGGAUUUACUUCCUAAAGGGCUAUAGCUGAUCCAGAACACUGCACUACAAUCUGCCAGCUCUUCAAAUUCCUGUGACCUCAUAGCUCACGAUCCUGGUGACAUCAGUGUUUAUAAAGUUUUCAUUUCAAUCACUUCCCCUUCUUCCCCUCUAAAAUAUACCACUACUUCACUGUCCUUUCAUGGCCAUGGCUGUGUUUCUAACAUUAAUGCUACUCUGCACCAGAACCAAUCACACCCCUGGCCACCACGUACAUUGUGUUUCUUGGGCAUCAGAGCACUACAUACCUCUGAAAUAGACUGGAGAGGACAAGAGGUGAAAUCUUUAUUUGUAUGUGCUCCACGCUAACAGGCAUUCCCAGCCUUAUGAUGUGAAAUACUAACCUUCUACUGGGGGGAACUGUUGAUUCCAGCCAGUUAUAUUUUCCUAAGCACUUUGUGACCCAUUUAAAUGAUACACUCAAACUAUUUUAGUCAGUGCCUUAAAGUGAUGCAAAAAUGUGUCUAGUAGUAGACAUACCAACACCACCAAAGUUUGCGGAUAAGUGUACAAAGAAAGGAAUUCUUGUUCGAUGGGUGUUUUACGUGUUAUAUAAUGAGCUACCAACAUGUAAAGUAUUAGGAAAUGAGCUGUAAUUAGUAAAGCCCAGAUCACUAGUUGGCUGAAGGCAGCUAAUGAGAAACAAAGCCUUGCUUAGCAUCGGCGGCUGAUUCAAAUCCAACCCAAAUCAUUAAUGAUCACAAAUUGUUGCCGUGCAAUGACUUUGGCCUGUGUGAAAUGAGUUUGAGUCAGUUCCCUAAUGAGUAAGUGUCCAUGUCACAAACCACUAUCAGAACCGGUACUAAUUGGCCAGGUUGGCAGUCUUGACAGAGGCCCAAGAAUGAAUGAGCACCCAGAGAGAACUUUCCUCCAAUCACUAAAGGUCAGAGUUGAGAAACUGGCUGAGCAACUUCUGUUCUGCCUGACACUGAGUAGGUCAAUUCAGGGACUGACUUUCUUCUCUCAUGCUGGUGUAAAUCAGGAAUAACAGAAUGGAAACCAGGGAAGCUACGCCAGUGUAAUAAUAGGAGAGGACGUUCUGGCCCACAAGCUCCAGAGCUGUCAUGCAGCCCCUUCCAUAACCACUAAAAUUGCAAGGACUUUUUAAAACAAACCCAUAAUCCAUUAUUAGAUCAACUUGUGCCUUUAGAUUUGUACAUUUUGCAGGGCAGGAGGUCUAUUUGUCCAGCACUUUUUUAUGCCUUGUAAAACUGCAAUGCUUUAUAAAUAAAGUGCCCCAAACCAGUAUAGCAACUGGGUGUGGGUGUGUGUGUGUGUA